AUGGACGCAUCCCAACGACUCUCUUCGGCCGCUUCAUUCAUACUUCAAUCUCCUCCUGGAGAGAUUAACGAUGUGAUUAGUGAUCUUAGGACGAUUGUCAACGACGACGACGCGUUGCAAGAGGGAAUUCAAUCUUCAUUGGAGAAAUACAAUCAGGAGCAAUUUGUUUGUGUUAACGUCCCAGAUCAAGAGCAUCAGGUCAUCGUCAGCAAUGCAGGACUAAUACCCGAGUCGGGCCGUUUCUUGGACCCAAGAUCAAAGACUAGUUUUGUAUUCGACCAUCUUACUCUGGCCGCGUCUGAGCCCGAGCCCGUCGAAAUCGAUGCUGAAAGCGAACCAUUCCGGUCUGCCUUGGAAGAAAACGCUCUUAAAUAUCUGGCAGAUUACUUUCAGGAAGGCGUGGCAAGCGUGUUUGCUUCAAAUACCAGUACCUAUGUGAUCCAAAUUGUAGCCAACAAAUACAACCCGCAGAACUUCUGGUCCGGACGUUGGCGUUCUGAAUACACAAUUGAUCUCAACAAGGGUGAGGUGUUGGGGAAGGUUUUCGUCAAUGUGCAUUACUAUGAACAAGGGAACGUGCAACUACAGACGGCUUACACUCCCACAUUCUCCGUCCCAACCGACCUCACCCCUUCGGCUGCUCCGAAAAUCCUCGCGAUUAUUAGCGAGAAAGAAGGCGAACAUGAACGGGCACUGGGCGAUGCGUAUGCCGACUUGGGCGAGAAGAGUUUCAAGAGCCUGAGGAGAGCGUUGCCUUUAACAAGACAGAAACUCGACUGGGACAAGGUGCUUGGGUACAAACUAGGAGCAGAGCUUACUGCGAGUCGUGGUGCAUUUGGAGCUGCUUGA